CCUUCCUUCACAUCCACCGCGUCUCUCUCUCUCUCUCUCUCUCUCUCUCUGUCGUGACUGAACAUAUUAACUCUGUGUGUGUGUGUAUAUAUAUAUAUACAUAUGUAGCUCACUCGCUCCAGUUGCAAUAUUUCUAGUAUGUGAGUAGCCAUUUCUUCUACACAGUCACUACCACUCUGGCCUCUGAGUCUCUACAAUGGCAGCUAAUCCCUGUGCAGAUGAAAUUCCAGCGAUUGUUGAUGGAAGUUGCGAUCUACCUGUUGCUGGUUCAUGUUUCCAGUUUGUAAAACCAAGUUUCGAUGAGGUUAACCAGCAGUGUACUCUAGAUGUUCUGCCUUUACUUUUUGAGGAGGCUUCGUUUCCAAUGGAAAAAAAAUGCGCCUUUCAGACUCAACAUGGCCAAGAUGUCUAUAGUAUUUCAAUGCUGUCUGAGGAAGACAAAGUCAAUUCUAAAUGUACAUCGCAGCUAGCCCUUUUAAGCUUUGUAGAACUUCCGGUUUCACCAAAGAAACAGAUAUGCUUAGAUCCUCAAUUGAAUUGCCAAAACUUCAUUGGUUUACAAAUGGAAAGUGCAGAUGCUUAUUCACCAUGCAUUGUGGAUAUAAAUAUUGAGAUGGAAAAUUUUGAAAAGCCUAAAUCCAAUGAUGAAACUGUUGGAAGUAUAAAAAGUGAAGGUUUACUAACUGGGGUACUGCAGAGACAAGCAAGCCUAAAAACAUGUGGAAGAUUCAUGCAGCUAUUGUCAAAUCCUGGCUCAACUUUACUGAAGUUGAUUUCUAAAGACAAAUCAUUCAAUGAAAGGGUUCAUGAUAUUCCAAAUAACAGAUGGAGAAAAUAUAAGCGUGCUGCACCCUUUGAUUCAAGAAAAAUUGUUCUUCUCUUCUCAAUCUUGUCAAGUUUGGGCACUCUGAUAUUGAUUUAUUUGACACUGAGAGUUAGGCAGACUGCUGAUGGUUUUGUUAAUGUCUAACUUUUUUUUUUCUCUGUUUUUCUGAAGGUGAUGUCCUUUAGAACUGUGUUAAAAGUCUUCUUUCUGCCCUUCAAUUUGUCACGUGAACUUUUCCCACUUUGUACAUAAAUCAUAACUAGAUCCCAUUUUUAGCUGAUGCUUUGGGGCACGUAACAAUAUAUUGCAAUUUGCCAAAAGGGAAUGUUACUGCCAUAA